AUGAGGGUGGUGUCGUCCGUGAACUUGAUCAGCUUCACGGAGUCGUGGCUGGAGGUGCAGUGGUUGGAGGUGCAGUGGGAGGAGGUGCAGUGGUUGGAGGUGCAGUGGGAGGAGGUGCAGUGGACUGCGCCUCCUUCUCCUCUUUCUCCUCUGGUUGCCCCUCCUUCUCCUUUGGCUCGGCUCCUGUUCUUCUGCACUUCCUGCUCCUCCUUCUCCGCUGCACCUCCAGCCACUGUGCCUCCUUCUCUGGCUGCGCCUCCUUCUCUGUCUGCGCCUCCUUCUCUCCUGGCUUACUUCCUUCUCCUUUGCACCUCCUGCUCCUCUGACUGCACCUCCUUCUCCUCUGCACCGCCUUCUCCUUUGACUGCGCCUCCUUCUCCCCUGGCUCACCUCCUUCUCCUCUGCACCUCCUUCUCCUCUGGCUGCGCCUCCUUCUCCCCUGGCUCGCCUCCUGACGCCUCCUGGUGCGUGUCCAUAACUCAGUGCAGAGUAAACAAAGUGCUGUAA